AAGACACCGAAAACCUUACACGCAUUUCGAUGCCAAAGGACCCUCCUUUUCAAGGCAUCUCCUUCUCUGCUCUUCUUUACUCCUUUAAAGCAGAGAGAGCAUCGCUCCUUCUUUCCUUUCUUCACCUUGUUUUCACUCUUUACAUUUCUCCCCUCACUCUCACUCAUUUGCAGAGUGACCAAGAAAACCCAAAAUGGGUUCAUUAGUGAAAGGAGUGAUGAUCCAUGAGUCACUUCUAAUUCAUGAUUAUGCCACCCCCUCUUUCCACUCUUCAGCUCACUCUCUCCUCCGAAAGCUCCGCCACUCCAAUCUCCACAUUGGGAUCUCUUUCUCACCGUCUCUCCCUCACUAUAAGGUGAGUGUACUUAAAAAGAUGGCAAUGGAAUACUCCUUUGAUUGUUUUCUCUUGGAUGAUGAAUCAUCUGUUGAUGGUGUUAAUGAGAUUACACUUUCUUGGGGUGGCAUUGGAGGGAAAAUUUUGUUUCUUGUUCCUAGUGACAAGAAGGUUGCUUUUGGUCAAUUAAACAAUUUGGGAUGGAUCAUUGUUGUUUUUGAUGUUGAAGGUGCUGGUGCAUGUGAGAGUUCAGGAGUGGUUUGCAUCAGUAAACUGGAAGAGUUGCCUAUGAGAAUUUGCGCCUCAAUUAGAAAGGCUAUUGGUGAUGGAGUUGUGACUGUUGGUUAUAUUAUGAAGCCUUCUCGGGAAGAAGAUUUUGCCAAGAGGGGUGCGUUCCCCAUGAAUCCUUCUCCAAAUGGUUUGAUGUUUCUACCCCUCACAUUUGAGCUUCCCCUGCAAUCUCAAUUACAACUCGUUGACAUAGUUCUGCAUAAAGCAACUGAUGAAAUUAUCUCUGUUGACUUAAGUGGCUCUUCAGAAUCCUCAAACAGAAUUACUUUCUCUGCAGGCAUGCAAGAAUUGCAAAGGUAUAUGGAACACCAUUCUGAUUGCUUUGCAAUUGAUCCACUUGAUAAAAUAUAUCCUGUACUGGAUCGACUAAAGAUCCAACAAAUUCUUCUUGGGCUAGAUGCUCUCAACAAAGAACGUUGUCGGGCAAUCAGAGGACCCCAUUUCCUAAAGGUUAAUGGAUUUAAUGACCCUGAUUUGGCACAAAGUCUGUCUGAAGCUAAAUUAUCUCUUCCGAGUAUAGUGAAACCUCAGGUUGCCUGCGGAGUAGCUGAUGCUCACAGUAUGGCAAUCACCUUUAGAGUUGAAGAUUUUAAGGAUUUAAAUGUUCCUCUUCCAGCAAUUGUUCAGGAGUACGUGGACCAUUCAUCUACUAUAUUCAAGAUUUAUGUCUUGGGUGAGCAAGUUUUCUAUGCAGUAAAGAAAUCUUUACCAAAUGCAGAUGUCUUGACCAAAUCAUCUGAAAGAAAUGAACUCAGACCUUUACUCUUCGACAGCUUAAAAUCUCUACCCACCAGCACUGGGCACUCUACAGGUGCAGAUUCCAUCAAGACCAAUGUUAAUUCUUUUGAUCUUGAGCUAGUCACAGAUGCUGCAAAUUGGCUUGCUAGAAAACUUGAUCUUACCAUCUUUGGCUUCGAUGUUGUUAUCCAGGAAGGCACUGGUGACCAUGUCAUUGUGGAUGUGAAUUACCUCCCAUCUUUCAAGGAAGUCCCUGAUGAUAUUGCCGUGCCAGCCUUUUGGAAUGCUAUUAGACACAAGUUUGAAUCAAGAAAGAGGAGAUAGAAAGCCGUGCUUAUGUGCUGGAAACUGAGCAGUGGUCUUUCCUUUAGCUGAAUAUGAUCAUAGACAGAGAAUAACUGGAAAACUGGCAGAGCUGAUGAGCUUAUAGUUGAUGGAUAAAAGCAUUCAUAUCCAUCAAAAGCUGUCUGGAUCGCUGGCUUUUUAAAUUGUACACCCAGAGAACCCUUAUUAGGCUAAGCCUUUUGAGUAAUGCACAAUAUGUGACGCUGUUUUUGCUACAA